AUGCUCCGUCCAGAUCCCGACGACGGAACCCAACAGGCCGGUGCCGAGGAUGGGUCGGGCGAGGCAUCGAUUUGUCUCACCGGCGGCGGCGCGGGGCGGACGCGACGACGCUACGGCAGCGAAGCGGCGGCGUGGUGCGGACGCGGCGCAUUGUGCGAACGGCGGCGCGACGCACGGGAGGGGCCGCGCCCUCGAGGCGACACGGACGGAGACACGGCACAGGAGGGUGGCGCGGGCAGGGAUCCUGGAGGAUGGUGGCGAUCUCGAUGUACAGCGGCAACCUCCACAUUGGUGGUCCCGACAGCGGCGCCCCAGCCGGCCCUCGACGCGAAGCGGUUCCGCCGCCUCGUGCGCAACUGCUCCCGCGCCGUCGCGCUCCUCGCCGUUCACCCAAACCAGGAGGAGGUGAGGGUCGUCCGAAUUCUUCAUUACCACUUCGCCAGCAGUUCCUUGUUUGAUGAUCGGUAUCCCAGUGUAUUUGCUACGGGACUAUGCCACUGCUAA